UCCCGUCACCCCAAACACACCUUUCCACAGGCAUCCCCAUUGAUGCAAGACUUGCAGUGACGGUUCCUUGAAGAAGAUCUGCCCGCCCCGCCGCAGCCUGAAGAAGACUCCUCUGCCUUAGUAUUAGCCAGGAUCGAGCUUUUUGAAUAUCAAAGCGGCAUCCCUUGACACCACAAGAUGCAGAGGUGCCCUGGUCUCUUGCUCGUUUCCUUAAUCUUCUGUGCCGCCCUCUCAGAGACGUUCGGACUGGUUUUGUCCGCUAAAGAAAAAAGGGGCUGGACUAUGAAUAGUGCUGGUUAUCUGCUUGGCCCACGUCGUAUUGAACAGCUGCUCAAGGAAAUGCCCAGUGCAAGGGGGAGAGAAGAGCUACCUGGGGAAUAUGCAAUAGACAGAGUUUUUAAUGACAAGUAUGGUCUAGCUGGUAAACGAGAUAUACAGCCUGAAGAAAAUAUAAAAGCAGGUACUUUUGGAAGACCACAGAUGGAUGACAAUGUUGUGCGUACAGUAAUUGAAUUUUUGACCUACUUACAUCUUAAAGAAACUGGUGCUCUUGACAACAUAUCUACAACAGUUUCUUCAGAAGAAACAAAUCAAUCUUGAAAGAGAAUGUAUUUAUACUCUGUUAUCAAUUAAGACAUCUAAUUGGAAUUUUGAAGAAAAUAAAAUGUUCAUUGUUUACAUUGAUCUUCUA